AUGACUUUGACUAUUUCUUCCCAACCUCUGGCGCCUACCUCUUCCACUGGCAAAAUGUCUACCAUCUACUCUCAUCCCCCCCACUAUGCUGAAGUCAAAGUUUCACAUGUGGACGAGAAAACUUCUUUGCGGCUGGAUGCAGUCAAACCGGAGGACUACCCGGACCGAGACCCCCACAUCUUACCAUCCUUCGAGCUCGCCGAGCACAAAGUACCCGUUCUCUACCUCCCACCACUGCUGUCUUCCCUCCCCGAGCGAGUCCCCGCUCUCAACAUUGAGACAGAGGAUGAUGGCCCUAUGGUAACAGCAACCCGCCUUCCUGACAUUGAUCCUGCAUCGCUGUCGCUCCACAAAGCCCUCCACCACUUCCGACCUGUGACGACUGAGUACGCCGAAGUUCCCUACGACCAAGCGUUCAACUGGUCGCACCUCGAAUUGCCCGAAGACGAGGAACGGGAGUGGUAUUGCGUGGCAUUCCGGAGUCAACGGAAAGCUGGUAGCGAUGGUGACUCGCUCUACGAGGCUGACAAACUUGCUCAUGAAGAGGCGGUUUCCAAUGGCGGGGUGAGUGUAUAUCAGCAGCAGCGAUCCAAGUUCAAGCCUAAUUCUCCUGGACAGCUUAUUAUGUAUUGGUAUGGCAUCCCGAACCCUCGUACGGGAAUGAACCUCGCCACUUGCAUCUGGCAAAGUCGGAAACACGCAGCAGCAGCGAAUUCUCGACCCCAUCACAUCAAAGCAAUGCGCCUCGCAGCACAAUCCUACGAAAUUUACAGCCUUCACCGGUAUAUCCUACGCAAAGCCAAGGGAGAGAACGGUGUGACCAUCGAGCCUUACUUGGGUGGUGAGGUCGGCUGGUAA